UGCGACAGCGUGCAGGUGGGCGUCCGGUUUCAAGGUAUUUUGCCUGCGCAACAGGUUGGCACGUCACGCUGGUCAUUGUUCCGAUGAAAAGCCGACAUUUGAGUCAACCGCUUUCGUUUCUCACGUGGGUUUGCCACUCAUCGAUUGUGACGUAGUGGUGAUCGACCUGCUGGGUUCUCCUAUCCAGCGCUACAAACGCCGGUUGUUGGCCUGCAGGCUGCGCUCGGCCCGAAGUAUGCACUUGUGGUUGACCACGGAGAUAGUGGCACUGGUAGCUUGACUUACACUCACGAGUGAUUGAUUGAUUGACUGACUAUCGGACACUUUUUAGUUUUGCCCUGUUAGAUGUUGCAUGGUUGUUGAACAACUCAAUUCAGAACUUGCAUAAGACUUUGUAAUCAACCGAACCGCCGACAGAGCCGGUGAACAAUGGCGAGAGUCAGCAACGCCCCUGCUUGGAGUAUCUUGGCCAAUUUUCUCAUCGUUGUCGUGUGUUCCUUGCCGGGAAUCCUUCUCGAAUUUGCAGUCAAGUCUCCCUCAGCACCCUUUCAACGGGGCCUCUUCUGCAAUGAUGAAAGCCUACGCUAUCCCUUCAAGCAGAGCACCAUCAGUAAUUCACUUGCUGUUCUUCUGUGUCUUGGAGUUCCAUUAAUUGGUAUGUUGAUAGUGGAGUGGCUUCUCUUCAGACGGUACAAAGCCCUCGGGGAGCUGGCCCGCAAUGUUCCCAUGUACCACGGCAUUAAGAUCCUCAGCCUAAAGGUCCACAGUUACGUCGUAUCCAUCUUCUCCACCUAUAUCCCCUUCCUCUUUGCCGCCACGGUUACGCUGUCACUCACCAACUGCCUCAAGUACGUCAUAGGCCGGUUACGGCCUCAUUUCCUGACUGUGUGCCAACCCAACCUGACAGCUCUGCCUUGCCUUGAUGCGGACGGAUACCAGACCUACAUGCAGGACAUCCAGUGCAAUCCCCGAGCUGACCCAUACUAUCUCCUGGAUGCCAGGUUAUCUUUCCCAUCAGGCCAUGCAUCGGGUGCUGCCUGCGGUUUCGUCUACUUUGCAAUCUACUUGCAGCUACGCAUGGUAUGGAAGGGACCCUACCUCCUCAGGCCAUUUAUACAGGUCCUGGGUAUCGCAGGCGCUGUCAUGAUUGCUGCCUCCCGUGUCUCUGACUACAAGCACUUUUGGAGUGACGUGCUCUUUGGGUUCUUCUUGGGGACUGUCAUUGCUGUCUUGAUGGCCCUCUUUGUGAGUGACCUGUAUUUCUUUGACACACCUUCGACCAUUGAAGACAUCCCAUCUACAAAAGAGUUCAACACCUCACCUAGCGACACCGACCUGUCCACCAUCAUUACCAUGCCCAACUACCAGUCAACAGGCUCUGCUGUAACAAGUGUAAAGAGACCUAUCAACAUAUAGUGGGGGACACCACCUACAGUGCAAAAGACGGGUUUACCAUGGGGCCAACAGCAGCUGGUAGCCCAUUAGGGCAUCAGCGGUGAGAUCAACAAACUCUGAAACUGGCCAAUGGACUUUUGUGCCUUGGUCUUGCUCAAGACAUCCUUCAAUCGGCGUCUGCAAUUAAUCCCAAACUGAGUUUAUAUACAUAUUAGUACAUACUUACUUACUUAUCAAGGUAUCUGUGCAGGCCACAGACCUAGGUGCUCCAAACAUCUCACCAAACAUGGCUGCCAGCUUCUUAUUUAACAGAAUCAAUACUUUUAAAAGUCUUGGUCAACGAGGAAACUAGAACUGGCUUUAAGGUAACACAGAUGCACUGCAGUCCAUGUUACAUGUACUGACAUCCAUAAGUGAUCAACUCCUCAUUUCAAAAAAGUCAACUCGUGCUGUUUGCUUAUGCCACCAGUAUGCACAAUGUUACUUUUCCAAGUGUUAUAUAUUUCUAAUCUGUUUUAUCAGACAGGGAUUUGUAUCACAGUAGUAUUGUCAGCUACAAGACGUAUUAUUUUAUAUCAAAUGGCAAUUCAUAUCUGCAGCAAUUUUAUAUUAGGAUUUCAGUAUGUGGACAUAACAUUGCACAAAAAAGAUAAAGAUUAAAUGCUCAGUUGAAACAGAAAUGAAAUCUGCCCAACUGAAUACAGUAUACAGAGUUUGUCCUUAAGAGGAAAAAUUUUUAUCGUCAGUAGUUCAAAUAAGUGGUUGUCUUGUGUUGACUAUUCAGCAUGUGCAUGUGCAUUGGUACUGUGUCCUUGUGUAGGACACGUGCUUUUGGCAAUAUGCCGUGAAAAAUAACUCUUAGAUGUUUUAAUUUUUGUCGUUAAAUGUGUUGUUAUUAUUAUGCUCUAUAUUUUAUCAGUGUUGCCAUGGUCUGCAGUUUUGCAUGUCACAAAGUACCCACACCCUCCAUGUUUUCUUUAAUGAGAAAAUUGUCAGUAGAGAAACAGUAUUAGUCUCAUGUUAUUAGGUAAUCAAUUAAAAUUUCACUCCCAACAAACUUUUUUAAAGGAAGAGAGCAAGUCACCAGCUAGAGUAGAGAUAUUUAACUAUUUCAUUCUUUGAAAUCUCAUUUGGACAAAAGGGACCGAAUCAAUUUUUUGCAGUUAUUGUGUGGUGUAUCUCAUGUAUAUAUUUUUAUUUAUCUCUAAUCACUCGCUUUUCCACAUUGUACCUUUUUUUUAAUUCAGUCUAAAAAUAUACAUUCCAACUCAGUUCUCUGUUUGAUAUUUCAGCCAACUUGUAUUGAAUACAGACACGUAUGCUUCGUAAAGUGAGCACUUGCAUUGGAAAGAGUUCCUUAAACUUAUCUGAAUAAUUUUCAGAUCUGAAAAGUUGUUUUCCAAGUAAAUUCUUCAGUAUUUUCCCUGCUAAAUUUGACUUGGGAUAGAAGAAAAACCUAGUGUUGUGCGUAUAUGGAGCUCUUACUUUGUAUACAUCUUUACUUAAAUACGUAGUUCAACUUGGGUCCCAUGUACAUCUACAUGUACUUUGCAUACCCUUGCAAACUUUUAAGCAUCCCCCCCCACUUAAGCCUCAUCUGUGAAUGUGUGCCCAAAUGCCACACAUGUGUACGCUGUAAUAUGUUGCUUGUCUCAUCAGGGUGUGCAUGUUGGGUAUUACAAACAAGGUGUGACAAGAAAUUAAAUGUACAUCACGAUCGUGCAGUCAUGCUGUCGUUUUCAGUGUGAAACCCAGUGUUUUAGGUGAUAUAGUGAGUUGAAUAAUGGAAUUUUGACUUCAAUAAAAUAGCCUUAUUGAAUUGAUACUUCAAAUUUCACACUGAUUCCAAACUUUCACAUUAGUGUUACUUUCUCAAAAAGUCACCUGUUUUCCCAUUCAGCUGUUUAGCAAAUACAAAUCCCGAAGAAAAUGUGAUUCUUAUAUGAUGGUAUACUUGGUAUACAACUAAACAUUCAACAUACUUAGGUGUGCAUUUUCUGUUUAGUGAAUUUGCGCUUAAAAUCGUUUUUGUAAGAAAAAAGGGCCAGUUACUCAUAAAAUUGAUAUUUGGAAGGACUGUGUUAUUAUAGUAGAUACAUGUAUAAUAGAUUAAAAAUAUUGAUAAUUUUGUAACUCCAGUAUCAACAUAAUGCAGUAACAUGGUACCUAAAAAUUAAAUUCUAAGGAAAGGAUCUUGUUAUGAUGAUGAUGUAAGUUGCAACAAUCAUGUUCAGAUGACCUGGAAGUAGGGCUUAUUUUUGUAACACAAUAAAAGUCUAAAGAAUUUUAAAGAA